CUGUGUGCCGAAAAUCGUCGCGAAAUGGAAGACUGGUUGCACGCGCUCAAGGCUGCCUCAUCACGGGAGUUUUUCGAACCAGGGCCACCCGAUCAGCAUGACUUUCUCUCGGGACAUCACAAUUGGUAUGCAACAUCCCACGCCCGGCCAACGUACUGCAAUGUCUGUCGCGAGGCUUUGUCCGGAGUUACAUCGCACGGGUUAUCCUGUGAGGUGUGCAAAUGUAAGGUUCACAAACGAUGCGCUGCCAAGGCGAUAGCCAACUGCAAAUGGACCACGCUCGCUUCGGUUGGGAAGGAUAUCAUCGAGGAUAUGGAUGGGAACAUUGUCAUGCCUCACCAAUGGAUGGAGGGUAACCUUCCAGUGUCGGCCAAAUGCAUUGUGUGCGACAAAACGUGCGGAUCGGUAAUGCGCUUGCAGGAUUGGCGCUGCCUCUGGUGUCGCUCCACAGUUCACACUGCCUGCCGACCACAGGCCAUGGUGGCGUGCCCUCUGGGACCAGCGCGGGUUUCGGUGGUUCCGCCGAUUUCGCUACACUCGAUCGGAAUCGACGACGCAUGGGACGUUUGCAAACCGCACGGUAGCUUCUCGCCGCUGUUGGUGUUCGUUAACUCCAAAUCCGGUGACAAUCAGGGCGUCAAGUUUCUGCGACGCUUCAAGCAGCUGCUGAACCCGGCGCAGGUUUUUGAUCUCAUAUCAACGGGCCCGGGCCUGGGCUUGCGACUGUUUCGCCACUUUGACCCCUUCCGGAUAUUGAUCUGUUCCGGGGAUGGCUCCGUCGGUUGGGUGCUCAGCGAAAUCGAUCAAUUAAACAUGACG